AUGGCGCCGAUGACGAAACACCACGCGCUGAUCUCUUUUCCUCAGGGAAAACCUCAGAUGGCUGCGCAGCAGACUCGCGACGUGAGCUGGAACUUCGCAGGAUCCGAAUCACAUUCUGAACGAGAGGCCUCUGAAGAACCAGCCGCAUCUCACGAAGCUGAGAUGGAGGAGGACGAGGACCCAGAGGGUGAGUGGAUCAAAUCCGGUGGUACGGGGCAACCGAAUUACGUCGACUCACAGCCGGAUUCAGACCUUACCAGCCGGCAACAACCAGUCGCCAAGACCCCCGAAGAUGCUGAAGCUAUCCUGCACCCAUUGCGCGAAGCAGCGAACCGCGUUGGUCGCGAGGUCGAGCGGUUCGCCGAGGUGUUGGACGGCUAUAACCCCCAGAGAGCAACCGAGGACGAGGAAAGACACGAGAUGAUGAUUGGUCUGAUCGACUUGUACCACGAAAUUGCUGUCGAGACGGUCGAGAAUCUACGAAAGGUACACGGAUCCGAACGCCAGAAGAAGAACGGCAUGCGUUGGAGGAAGAAGAUGCGAGGAUUCUCUGUAGAGCAGGACGAUGAUGUGGACAUGCAAGAUACGGACUCAAUCUUGCCUUCGCCGCCAGAAGACACGAAAACAAAGCUGGAGGACCUGGAGCGUUGGGAACAAGAGGUACAGACCUGGGAUCUGCUCCGCCGUCUCGUCCAACUUCGAUUCCCCGAGCCUGACACAAAAGGUCAAUCCCUGCAAGACUACCAUCCUAUCAACCAGUACUCUACAGAACACGAAUUAUGGGAAGAUUUUCUGGGAAAGGAUGAGCUGGCUCUCGAGCGCAAGACUGUGCUGCGGUGGCUUAAAGACUCCGCCGAGGAAUCGGGAGAAGACAUUGAUGUCCUCGUGCACGAUCUUCAGCAAAAUGCCGAUCGAGGCGACAUGAUUGCUCACGGAUGGAUCCAUACUAAGGGCGCCAUCAAGAGCAAGCGGAUGAAUCCUCUAUUGAACCGUAAUGUACCCGAGGAUCUUAUCACCCAGCUCGACCCAGAUGCCAUGACCCGCCAAGGCAAAUGUCUCCAAAAGCAAGACGAGUAUUUCGAACGGGCAAUAUGGCUGGGUUGUUACGAGCUAUUGCGGCGAGGAAAGAGUGCAGACGAGAUCAGAGAAUGGUGCGUGGAACGUACAGAGGUCUGGAGAGCUGUCAGCAUGUCUGGAUUCCCUGACGAGAGUCCCCACGACGAAGAUCCUGGAAACCCCGAGUCGAGUGCUCUUUGGAGACGAAUGUGCUUUGCUCUUGCUCGCAAUGGGGGAGGCGAUCCAUACAAGAAGGCCGUCUACGGCAUUCUGAGUGGUGACAUUGACAGCGUGGAAGCUGUGUGUCGGUCUUGGGACGACUUCGUGUUCGCCAACUACAACGCCCUUUUGAGAAACCAAUUUGACAAUUAUCUCCGAAAUGUUCGUCCAUUUUCCAACGCCACCUCGAAUUUUGAAUCCUUCGACGCAAUCCAAUUCCACAGCCCAAGCGAUCCUAAAUCUGCUGGUCGUAGGCUUAUCGAAACCCUCAAGGCCAAACGCGAAACGGCCGCUGAAACGUUACAACCGAUGAAGAUGCUCCAAGGAGUGCUCAUCGCUGACACGUUCUCAAAUUUCAUCUACCAGCAAGGGUUGGCAUUAUCCAAGGCGGCAAAUAAGCUUGAACCAUCCAACCUUUUCCCGGCCACCUCGAAGAGCCCGGAGGAUGAAGAGUCCACGAAGUAUGUUACCUUGAACGACCACGACAGCCUAAGAGUCCUGGCCCAUGUUCUCAUAAUCUUUAUGGGACUUGGCCUUGAUCUUGGAGGUGCGGCCAAUGUAACCGAAGUCGAGAAUGUCAUCGUGGCGUACAUUAGCUUUCUACGACUGUCUGGCAAGGAGGAGCUUAUCCCGCUUUAUUGCUCUCAACUAUCUGGAAAGCGAAAAUAUGCUAUCCUCUGCCGCAACUUGAUCGAUGUCACAGACUACAACCAGCGAGUCACGCAAAUCAGGUUGAUGAGAGAGUUGGGACUCGAUGCCCAGGAGUUCGUCAGUCUUCAAGCCCGAUUUCUUCAAUCAGAUUACCCAGACCGUACAACUGGCUAUCCCGCUGCCAACUUCAGACUUUUCAGCCAGUCUUCAGCCGACGGUCAUUCCCGAAAGCUAACUCAGCCAUUGCAUAAUUUUUUUGGCCCGGAUCCUGAAGCUGUAGAUAGGAUUGAUAUGCUGCUCAUCAGAAGCCUAGAAUGGUACUUGCUCGUGGACGGCUUGUGGAGUGAGACCUUCACCCUUGGCACAAUGCUUUACAUGAGGUUUUUCAAAAACAUGCGUCUCAACGCAGCUCGGUCAAUGAGCAUCAGUGUCGAGUACAAGAAUGUCGUAGAGGUCAAAACCCGCGCUAUUCUUGGCGACACUUAUGAUUAUAUUGGCCUAGAGAACGAGGAAGAUGAAGAUAUCACUGAAGUUCUCGAUGGCUCAGCUGAUGGAAAGAGACAUCUCAAAAAAUACAUGGUUGCGCAGGCAAAGAGCUUUAGAGAGCUGGAGUCACUAAUAGAUAGCUUGGACUAUCUUGAGACUUGCACGAGCCUACGAGUCCUCUUGUCAGAGCGAAAUGAUCCCGCGUGGCAAAAGGAGUACAAGAGAAGACUACACGUCGCCGUCGAAGGGACUAUUGCAGGCUUCGAGCAUCUUCUGAAGGGCUGGCUAGUUACUUGUCAAAAUGAGGAUUUUGAAGAAGAGUUCCAGAAUCUUAGGGAAGCGUAUCUCCCGGAGAUGAUUCUGGCAUACCUAUCCGUCCUGCAGUAUUGCGGAGGUGCACUGAGUCGCCAACACCUGAUGACCUGCAUGGACAUCUCUACCGUGAUUGCAGAAGAGGACUCGGACCUGCUAGCUCUCUUCGUGAAGACUGGAAAGAUCCAGGAAUUGGUGGAUAAGCUUGCCGCUGCCAGUAAAGACCUUCUGCUCCUCACGGCAUCGAGGCCCAACCAAGGAUCGAGAAGCAAAAAGUUGAAGAUGAAAGGCUGGACACCGGACCUCUGGACCGUAAAGCCUUGA